GCCUGCGAUUUAUUCAUUUUCUAACUUGGUUUAAUGCAACCAUUAUCUCGUCGGCCGGCCGUGUCCACUGCUCGCAGAUUACACACCGCUCAGUUCCCUCGCGAGCCUUGGACGCGCCGCGCGUACUGCCACAACUGUCAAAAUUCCCGCGUAAAACUUUUUAUAAAUAAACGAGUGACUGUGGAUUAUUGUAAACAGUGUUUGUGUUGGUUUUUAAGUGUCGGAUCAAACUGAGGAGAUAACAAUGUUUGCGGAGUAAUACAUGGCGGGGAGGAUAAUGAUGGGACACAGGCUUCUGGCAAGUCAUUAAGUAUUUUCGACACAAAGAACAAAAUGAAGUUAUAAUGGAGUCACCAGUAAGAAUAUCCUUAGGUGCAGCAUUAGUAGCAUACCUGCUACUAUUAAGCAGCACCCCAGCUGGCGGCAACGCGCUCCCGCUUGAAACGACCCCGGGCACCGUCCGCGACGACCGGCCCCGGCCCGCCCGGCUCAACGCCACCUGGCUGCGCAGCCGGCCCCGGGGCCUCGACCCCGUCCUCAACGAACUACCCAAGGGCUCAGCCUCCGAGGAACACACCGAGAAAAAUGCCAAGUACAAACAAAGAGGAAGGACUCGUUAUUACUCGCGCUCCACCACAGUAAGCCCUCUGAGAAGGGUUAGAACCUCAACCGAAGAGACGAUCCCGGGAGUGAUCAUAGUGACUCCGACGGCGGAAGUAAAGAAGCCAGAGCAGAUAAUGGAUAGCAUGAGAAACUAUAAGAGAACGAAAUUGCCAGUAAGCACAAGUACCACUACGGAAGAUAGUAAAAGCGUGGAAGAUGAUGAUGAGGACUCAUUCGAGAAAUUUACUAGCAAAUUUGAUGACAACAAUUUCUUUACUAUACCUGGUUUCGGUGAUGAUCAUGGAAAAGAUUCUAAAAAAAGUCCAAGUGAUAAGUACAGUGAUUAUACAAGUACAGUACUUAGCUCCUUUUCUAGUUUCCUGCCCAAAGAUGAUGAUGAUUCGCCCUACAAAUCGAAUUUCUUCGAUUUUGAUACUGACUUGACCACGCCUAAACAUGAUUUCUUCGAUAGAAAAUAUCAAGAAGUAUCUUCAAGUAUUAUUAAGAAUUUGGAUGCUAUCAAGGCAAGAUCGCCACCACCUAACGUAACAAAUGUACAUAUAAGUGAAAAAGUAGGUUUAAGCCCAAAACUUACUAAGCCAGGUAAUAGGUCUACUAUAAUUAUCAAGAAUACCAAAGAAACCCGCCUUAUUGACAAUGAUGGAGCUGGAACUAACAACAAGGAACUUUCUGAUGUACACGGCACAAGCGUUUAUUAUGAAAUGUCCGUACUCUCCACCGAAACAUACGCAAUAAACAAUUCUAAUGAAGAUGAUUGUGACAAUGACACAUUACCUUCGGAACCUACAGUUCAGACCCCUGCUGAAGAUGAGUUGGCAUCAAUACAAGGAACUCCGUCAAAUCUUUUCCCUGUUUCCACAAAACCGCUAUUUCCUGAUCCUGAAUUGGGAUCCACCGUGUCUAACUUUUUACAAUCUUCUAGUUCAUUGUCACCUUUCUUUAAUCCUUCAAGUUCAAUACCCUAUUCCACCAUAAAUUCUAUAUCAUCUACCGAGAAGACAACGAGGCCGUUCCCUAACAGCUUCUCCAGCAGAAAUAGAGGGUAUUCUAAAAGACUAAACGGCUUUACUGGGACUAAGGAUUCUCCUAACAACGUCACACCGACAGCCGAUAAUAUACAGACUCGUAAUGUUCGGAACUCUACAAGAAAAUUCCAUUACACGACACCAAAAGCAAAACCAACGUGGAUGACUCCAAGGCGGAAUAUUACCAAAAAUUAUCCGAAACCUACUUAUCCUACAACAAUAUACGCGGAGCAUUUCAGUAUUAAAGAUAGAACGACCACAACUGUCCGUCCAAAACAGUCGAACAAAACCGUCCUAACCACUGUAUCAUCGGACAUAGAUCCCGUUUUGCAAAGCGAUGUGAGCGGUGUGAAGAAGCUGGUGCAGUCUCAGACGAUUUCUGACAACAGUAUUCCAUCGCUGUCUAAGAGGGGGUCGAUGAAGUUCGGGACUACAACAGCGACAUCUGUGGAGGAGGAGACGACGACCACCAGUGAGCUGGAAAUUCCGCCUACACUGACAGCGUGGGCACUUGCUAGCUUAAUAAGCCCUCCUGGAUCGGCAAAUAUAACGAGCUCGACGCAAAAAAGCGUCGAAGAAAACGAGGUGCAAAAAAUUAAUGAAAUUGCAGACAAAAACGAAAUUACUACGAGUUCGACAACUACUACUCAAACUCCAGAAGUGAAUAACUUUACUACCAAAAAGAUUACAGAUAUCGACCAAAACAAGUUGCCUUGGCGACCAGUGCUUCCUCACGCGUUACCUGACCCUGAUAUGAACACGGAGGUUGUUCGAACAGAGAACAAAUCUGAACGCCUACCAGCUGAGAGCAAUAUCUCCGUCCAGAAUAGUCCUCAGCCAAUUACGUCCACUGAAGGAGUAAAAACAGAGACAGAAGUUACAGAGGAUAAUACCAAAGCAAAAGAACCAGUUACUUCUUGGGUACCAGUCACUAAGAGUGAAGUAAAUUCAGGUGGAACUUUUGCUUCUAUUACUAAGUUCCCUAAAGGAGUAACAACGCCACUCGACGAGACUCCUAAGCAAAAUAAUGAAGUCGUUACUGAGGCAAUUACUGAAGAAUCGGCCACCACUGACUAUGAAAUAACGACUAGAAGAUUUUCCUACGUUCCUACAGAAGCUGUGACUGACAAAGUAGAAUCAUCCACAUCUAGUGAAUGGCAUCCAGUGGCUCCGACUAGAACAAGAGCAACUACAAUAGAGGAUAGGUCUAUUACCACAUACAGACCUAAAUAUUAUACCACGACAGAUAAUGCUGAAGAAUUCACUACGAACAUUCCGGAAACAACACCAUUGAUUGAGGUGUCGUCACUAUCAGUAGCUAAUUUAACUAAAUUACAAUCGGAAUCACCCGCACCAACUACUCAAGUUGUGGAUACCACAUCGAUACAGCCAGCAACGCACGCCGCCAUUACAGAAAUAGAAUUGCCUACUGAAACCACAACUGAGAUUGUAAAAGCUACCUUUGCGCAAACUGAAGCUACCACUGAAGUAACUGAUAAAUCAGUACAAACAGAAAGUUCUGAACCCGAAGUAAGUACUAAGGUCUCCGAAACACAACCAAGCGCAAUGAAAGAAAAUAUUUCUGAGGAUAACAGCGGCAGUAACGAAGUUAUAACUAUGGAGACGACAAAAAUGGUUCCAUCUUCAUCGACCACUACUAGUACUAGCACUACAACAACAACAACAACAACCACGACAACUACUACUACAACUCCAGCUCCAACUACAGAAGAGAGGAAAGAAACAACAUCAGAAGAAGAAACAACAACAUCUCAAGUGUCAACUGUACCUGUAGAGAAAAUUGCGGAAACAGAAGUUGACGUAGAAACGACGACAGAGUUGGGGACGAAGUCGAUCGGCGAGUUGGAGGACGUGUCGAGCUACGGCGAUGUGACGACGGAGCGACUCACGCCGAUGGAGGAGGCGGGCUCGGGAGCCGCGGUUGCUAUCGCCGUCAGCACUAUUGGAGUUAUAGCCUUGAUACUGCUUAUUGGAUUAUUGCUGGUGGUACGUCGACGCGGGCGGCGGGGGGUGUACGCGCAGCGUUGUACCCCGGUGUCUUUGGACGCGUACAGCUUGGACAGCGUCAGCGUCGGACAUCGCAAGGGCAACCAGAGGCUAAGGGCUAGCAAAAGGAGCUAUGGGAAUCCGGCGUAUGAUGAUGAGGUGACAUCCCACCCUAUGAACUACGCAGCGCUGGCAAACUUCGCCCUGGACAUGGAAUCCAUGAGCACCGAAUUCGCGGAGAUUCCCUCGAUCACCGUCCGACCUGAUGAAGUUCCUCUAGGGUGCGAAGACAAGAACAGAUACUCCAAUGUUCUGCCGCUGCCAGAGACCAGGGUGCCGCUCAAGAGGGUUGGGAACGAUCCCACGUCGGAGUAUAUUAAUGCUAAUUACAUAACGGGUCCGGGCAACAUCAAGAACUACUACAUCGCGUGCCAGGCGCCGCUGCCCAACACCGUAGCGGACUUUUGGCGCAUGGUGUGGGAGCAGAACUCGCGCGUCAUCGUCAUGCUGACGGAGUACAUGGAGAACGGUGUUGAAAAAUGCUACGAAUACCUUCCUCCAUCAGAAGUGUCGGACAACAAGCGGACCUUCGGCGAGUUCCAGAUCAUGCUCAAGAAACGCGAACAGCGCGACAAAUACGCCGUCUCCAGCGUCCAGCUCAUCAACCUGACGACCAGGACGUGGAGGGAGGUCACGCACCUCUGGUACUUCUGGCCGGCGAAGGGAGUCCCUGAUGAUUAUGACUCGGUGCUGGAUUUCCUUUCGGAAAUGAGGAGUUAUAUGAAAGUUUCGCAGUCAGCCAAAGAAUAUGAUGAAGAAGGUGUAGAAGUAAUUUACGGCGACGGCAGCCGUUCCUCCUACGGCAACCUGUCCAAGCUCCGAGAAGAGGGCAGCCCCGGCAACGGCGUGAACGUAUACUCGCCGGCUAAGGCCGAGGAGAUGAUGCGACGAGGGCAAGCUACCAACGGCACGCUCAGCAGGAUGAAGGCUGCGUCUGAAGUGGAAGGAGUCCGACCAUGUACGGUGGUAUGCGCAAGCGGCGCGGGGCGCUCGUGCGCGCUGAUCGCGCUGGACGUGUGUGCGCGCGCGCUCACGGCGCACGCGGCCGACGUGCCGCGCGUCGUGCGCGAGCUGCGCGCGCAGCGCCCGCACUCGCUCUCCAACCGACACCACUAUGUCUUCCUGUAUAAGGUGCUAAGCGAGUACGGCAACAAGCUGAACGGCGGGGGUGUCGACACCAUAUAAGCCCGCCCCUGCUGACUUCUCUCCAUGACAUUCAAUACUAAUUAGAUAAGUAACGAUUUAUGCCAAUAACCUACUGUACCCGAGAAUAUC